AUGCGGCCUCGGGUGGAGGUGCUUGGCAUUCUAGAGCACAAGAAACGAAGCACAAGUGGCGAGGUCGUGGGUCAACUGAAAAAGAAAUUGUCUGAAAACCUCCUUUCAGCAUAUCUUCAUGGGGCCCUUCUAAUAGUGGCAGAAUGCAAAUCUGCUUCAUAUGAAGGUGUAAACGGCAUCAUGAUUCGGGAUACUGCAGAGACAUUUGGAAUUAUAUCCGAGGACAACCGCUUCCGAGUUGUACCAAAAGCUGGUUCAGUUUUCAUACUUAAAGCAGACUGCUGGAAGAUCACACUGAUCGGCAACAAGCUCUCGCCCAGGGAGAAGUUGAAGGAGGACCAGCGCCAACACCGUCCUGCCACUGAAGCAUGGCAGUGUUAUCGUUCUAGACUAGAGGCGUUGACAUUUCCUAGCGACUGA